CGACCGUAAUGACCUAGGCACGCUAACCAGCGCGCUCAUGAGCUCCCUGCCGGCGACCAUCGAGAACAUGAUCCAAAAGGGCCAGUUCCGCUGCAUGGUCGUCGACUAUGGCCUGGCGUGGGUGCUCGGCGUCGCCAAGAAGGCUGGCAUGCACACGGCAACGCUCUGGCCGUCAUGCGCCGCCGUGAUGGCAGCAGGGUUAGACUUGCCAGAGCUGAUUGCUGAUGGCAUGCUCGACAAGGAUGGUUUACCGACGGGCAAACAGAUACCUCCGGUAGGUGACCUGCAGAUGAACCUGGCACCGCUCGCAUGGAACGCCGCCGGCACGGAGGAGGCACAGAAGCAGAUAUUUCGGUGCCUGAACAACAUCCUCAAGGCGCUAGGGCAGGACACUGUCGACCUCCUUCUGUGCAACACUGUCAAGGAGCUCGAGGAGGGCAUCCUGUCCCUGCACCCUAGCAUCGUCCCCAUCGGGCCAUUGCCGACGGGUCUCCGUGAGGGAAAGCCUGUUGGGAAUUUCUGGGCAGAGGACGACAGCUGCCUGUCGUGGCUGGAUGCACAACCUGACAGAUCAAUUGUCUACGUGGCAUUCGGUAGCAUCGCUGUGCUUGAUGAGGAACAAUUUCGUGAGCUCGCUCGUGGGCUGGAGCUGUCAGGGAGACCAUUUCUUUGGGUGGUCCGUCCUGGCUUGGCUGAUACUGCCAAUUUUCCUGACGAAUUCCCCAAGACCGUUGAGAAAAGGGGCAAGAUUGUGACGUGGUCACCUCAACAUAGGGUUCUUGCCCACCCUGCUGUCGCCUGCUUCAUGUCGCAUUGUGGGUGGAACUCGGUGAUGGAGGGCAUUAGGAACGGGCUGCCGUUCCUUACCUGGCCGUACUUCGCCGACCAGUUCAUCAAUGAGAGCUACGUCUGCGAUGUCUGGAAGACCGGCCUGCGUCUGUUGAAGGACACCGCCGCCGGUGGGCUGGUCACGAGCGAGCACAUCGCUGCGUGCAUAGAGAACCUGCUGAACGAUCCGGCGACCAUGUCCAGGGCAUUGGAGCUGCAGAAGGUUGCGUCCAGGAGCAUCAGAAAAGAUGGCACUUCGUUCAACAAUCUGACGGCCGUUAUUAACGCCAUGAAAGGCUGAUGAGACAAAAGCUCAUCACCAUCAGUUUACA